CCGGGAGACAGUGACGUAAGGGGGCGUGGUGACUUUUUACAUUUUACAUUUACAUUUUACGAGAGGUCCCACUCUGUUGCUUCUUUAACGAGCCAAAUCUUAGUGGAAUAAAAGUGAACACUAGUUGUUAAAGGCGACCCAUUUCUCACAGAGGUUAUCUUUUAUUGGUCUUUAGAAGAUAACGUUGGAUUAGAUCAAUCGAAUGCAAUUUUAGCGGUUAAGUGUCAUUUGAGAAUUCAUCAAUUUUCUUAAGAUACAUAUUUUUGUGUAGAAUUUCCUAGUUAAUUGGGUUUCUCAUUUCUAUCUAAACCAAAUCGAUAUGUACUGCAAUGUCUUUAAUUAACCUCAUUAUUUUUACUACAAUAGAAUACUUUCUUUUGUUUUGUUGGUAGUAAACAACCUCAAGAGGCCAAGGCGGAACAUCUGUGGCUUAGAUUUCAGCCACUAAUGCUUUUGUAGAAUGCUAACAAAAUAAAUGUGGUCCCGGGAGGGUUGUUGCUCUAUGUGGUCACUAGUAUGUGGAAUGCGAGCAACACGUGAUGAGAUCAAAGGCCUUAAAGCAGGGUCUUCCUGUUGCGAGGCAGCCGCAGCACCUUACAACAACAGGCUCGGGGAGGGGUGACCUCUUGAGACCGGUGCGUCGAACAUGCCCCCCGCAGCUGCCACCAAACUAGGCCACACGCCACCAGAUGGAGGCUGGGGCUGGGCUGUUGUCUUUGGCGCUUUCAUCUCCAUAGGAUUCUCCUACGCCUUCCCCAAGUCCCUCACCAUCUACUUUAAGGAGAUUCAGGAAUACUUUUCUGUCUCCUACAGCGAGAUUGCCUGGCUGUCCUCCGUCAUGCUCGCUUCCAUGUACGCGGGGGGACCUGUGAGCAGCAUACUGGUGAACCGCUUUGGCAGCAGACCUGUGGUCAUGGUCGGUGGGCUCAUGGUUAGCGCAGGCAUGGUGCUUGCUUCUUUUGGCAGGACUAUCAUGCAUCUGUAUCUUUGCGUUGGAGUUAUUGGGGGGUUCGGACUCGCCCUCAACCUGCAGCCGGCGCUGACAAUCAUUGGAACCUACUUUCAGGUCAAGAGGCCGAUGGCGAACGGGCUCGCCAUGGCGGGAAGUCCAGUUAUUCUGUUCACUCUGGCUCCUCUCAACCAGUUUCUCUUUGAUUCUUUCGGCUGGAGAGGGAGCUUCCUCAUCCUGGGCGCCAUUGUUUUGAACUGCUGUGUAGCCGGCGCAUUGAUGAGGCCCGUCAAUCGAAAUACCAAAGCGAAACCGGGGGCCGAACCGGGGCGCAACAGGCCACCGGCCGAGGAAGCCGCCACCCCGGAGGCCGACCUGCUGACCGGAGAACACCGGGGGGGCGGCGGGAGUCCCGGGUGUUUGAAGAAGCUCAUUGACGUCUCGCUUUUCAAACACCGGGGCUUCCUCAUCUACCUCGUCGGUAACGUGGUCAUGUUUUUUGGGUUCUUCGCGCCGGUGGUCUUCAUGGCUCCGUACGCAAAGCAUCAAGGGAUUGAUGAAUAUUCAGCAGCUUUCCUGCUCUCUAUCUUCGCCCUGGUGGACAUGUUCACGCGGCCGGCGACUGGCUUCAUCGGCAACAGCAAGUGGAUCCGCCCACGGAUCCAAUACUUUUUCAGUUUUGCGGUUUCGUUCAAUGGUGUGUGCCACCUUUUGUGCCCACUGCUACCCGGAUAUGCCGGUCUGGUUGUGUACGCGGUCAUCUUUGGUCUGGCGUUUGGCAUGGUGUGUGCGUUGCUUUUCGAAGUUCUGAUGGAUCUUGUCGGAGCUCACCGCUUCUCCAGUGCAGUUGGACUGGUCACCAUCAUCGAGUGUGCGCCGGUGCUUCUUGGGCCUCCGAUUUCAGGAGCGCUGGUUGAUAUCUACGGGGAAUACAAAUCCAUGUACUAUGCGUGCGGAGUGUUCAUGCUGGUGCCGGGCAUAUUUUUCUUCAUCAUGCAUUUCUUCAACUACAAGAGGCUGGACGAAGAGAAGAAGCAAAGCGUGGCUGUGGACAUGAGGACUUGUGAGGAGCAACUAAAACCUCAAAUGAGCCAGGAUGGUGGUAGGGCACAUGAAGCAGACGUGUGAACACGUUGAGUAUGAUUUUUUUUUUUUAAUGCUGGAUGGACAGAUGGACACGUGCACGUUUUAAUGAAAUUAAAUGAAAUUUGUUUGUUUAGCCCCAAAUCACAAAUUUUCCUCAGAGGGCUUUAACAAUCUGACCAAAAACCUCCUCUGUCACGGGACCCUCCCUUCGGGACAGGUAAAACUCCUCCAAAUAACAAACUUAUACGGGGGAGAAAAGAAGAAAAAACAUCCUCUUUGAGGACGGCCAGAAGGGCAAUAGAUGUCAUGUGUAUGGAACAAACAAUGAUUUAAACAGUCAAUGUAUAUGACACAAAUGAUGUAUAUAAUGAGAGUAUUAAUCGGACUAACGAUGAAAUAACUACCACUAACAUAACAGCAGCAGUAUUGGAAGCAAUAGAAUAAAUCAAAUUUAUUAUUAGUAGCAGUAAUAAUAUAAAUGUGAUUAACAGUUAUUCUUGGUAUUUUAUCCGUUAUUGUUGCAUUUUGUGCCAUCUGUACUGCUACUCUUCUUUCAUAAAUCAUCCAGAGAUGCUGCAGUAUUCAAUGCAUGUAUCAUUUAUUGUAAUGACUUGUUCUCUUUGUAUCCCCGAGGGACUGAUUUAAUAAAAAAUAAAAAAACUAGAUAAAUAAAAUAACACACUGGGCCACACUCCUUCCUGUUUACUUGCAUCUUCUCACCACCAGGUGGCACUGGACUCUGCCGUGUGAUAUCUCGAAAUGCAACAUCUCUCCUGUUAAACAAAGGCAUCUUCAUUGUUGGUUUGGUUCUUUACAGCAUUGAUUUCCACACUCUGAGUGGCGACCCCACCAAGGGCUGGCAAAUAUGAAUGUGUCGCUAGGGGCAAAACAAUUAGAAUAUAUGAAAAUUCAAUUUCUUUCUACACACAUCUUAAAAUACCUUUCCUGCAAUCCCUUCCUCCGCUCGAUAGGUUUACCUCCCACCCAUAAAGAUUUCAUUAUUCACUCUCCAAAUUUCAUUCUCCAGUUGAAUACAUCUGCUAGGCCAUGGGGAUCUACAAGUUGUUUCACUGUGCCGUCAUUUAACUACAGGAAUGGAAACCAUUAAAUGACUUUGUAGUUCCAUGUGGAUUUUAACUUGCCCUCUGUGACAUUAAAGGUUUUGUGCAAACAACCCCCUCACAUCAAGGAAUAUUUCGGUAUUUCACAGUGCUGAUUACAGUUGUUUCUCAUCUGGUACAUAUUUUAUCUCAUCUAUUGUCAAGAACCCCUUUUAAUACAUGAUUGUGGUUUAAUGCCUUAACCAACCGACCACAGACAACACAUCUCGCGGACAAA